CCUUUUUCCAGUAGUACCUUCCGGUGUGGUCGGCCCCAUUCCUCGGGUUUGCGCUGAGACCUUUCCCUUCCUCUUCCGGUCUCAACCGCUCCGGGAGCGGCGUCUCGCGGUGCAGACAUGGCCAAGUCUAAGAACCACACCACACACAACCAGUCCCGAAAAUGGCACAGAAAUGGCAUCAAGAAACCCCGAUCACAAAGAUAUGAAUCUCUUAAGGGGGUAGACCCCAAGUUCCUGAGAAAUAUGCGUUUUGCCAAGAAGCACAAUAAGAAGGGCCUGAAAAAAAUGCAGGCAAAUAACGCCAAGGCCAUGAGUGCACGUGCCGAGGCUAUCAAGGCCCUUGCAAAGCCUAAGGAAGUUAAGCCCAAGAUGCCAAAGGGUGCCAGCCGCAAGCUUGAUCGCCUCGCCUUGCUAGCCCAUCCCAAGCACGCGAAGCGUGCUCGUGCCCACAUGGCCAGGGAACGCAGGCUCAACCGGCCAAAGGCCAAAGCCCAAGCCAAGACCCAGGCUGCAACUCCAGCUCCAGCAUCGGCUCCGGCUCCAGCUCCAGCUGCAGCUCCGGCUCCGGCUCCUGCUCCUAAGGGUGCCCAGGCCCCCAAGGGUGCCCAGGUCCCUGCAAAGGCUCCAUAAUAAAAUCCUCUGGGUAUGAGGACAGAAGGACUGGUGUGACCCCUGAGCCUCUGUCUAUGGGAACUGGUGUCCUCCUGUGCUAUUUGUACAAAUAAAUCCAGAGGCAGGA